CAACCCUCAGCAUGGCGGAUAUGGAACCCACGAUCAACGUUCUGCUCACGACCUUUGCUGGUCUAGGACUCCCGAGAACACUCUCUCUCCCUACGAAGGCUUCCACCCCAAUCAGCUCCGUCUACAGCACGAUCCAAUCACGCCUACCAUCCUCCACAACGGAUGACGGCCUUCUGAUCACCACAGUCUCCAACAAGCAGCUCCUCCCUCACAACGAAUCACCGCUCACAUCUCUGCUCAGCUCACCCAAUGACACCAUCCUCUCGCUCCGCCUCUCGCGCAGACUAUGCGGUGGCAAAGGCGGUUUCGGGUCUCAGUUACGCGCUGCAGGCGGUCGCAUGAGCAGUCGCAAGAACCGCAAUAGCAACGUGAACCCUAACGCCUCUAAUCGAAAUCUCGAUGGGAGGCGAUUGAGGACAGUGGACGAGGCGAAGAAAUUAGCGGAUUAUCUUGCCAUCAAACCUGAAAUGGAGAAGAAGGAACGGGAAGAGAGAAAGAAGAGGUGGCAGGAGGUUGUGGAUGCUGCUGAGAGGAGGGAAGAGGAAAUCAAGGGUGGAAAGGCUGGUGCAAGUAAAGGCAGACUGGACGCCGAGUGGGUGGAAGGGAAGGAGGAAGUGGAGAACAAGACGAGGGAAGCCGUUGUGCGGGCCAUGAGGGAGGGUCUGCUGGAGCAGAUAACGGGAAGUGAGAGUAGUGCUGAGGCUGAGGACAGCGAGGACGAGGAUGCCGAGCAGAGUUCUGGCUCGAGCGAUGGUGUUGAGGCUGAAGCUCCUAAUACUGCCGCGGAUGGCGGCAGGAGCUUCUUCGGCUGGGAUGACGACGACGAUGAGGAUGACGAUGAGGACUCGGAGGAUGACGAAGUUACCGAGGAGGCAUAUGAAGGGAAGGGAAAAGGAAAAGCGAACGUCUGAA